GGCGGCAGCGGCGGCAGGGUGGAUGGCUCGGCUCGCCUCGGGGAGUGCUCACCGUCCUGGGCUCGGCCACUGCCCCGACCCCCUGGACACCCGCUGACCUCCUCUUGGACAGAGGCUCAGCCCCGCGAAUCCACCCUGAGCUGUGCAGUCGGGUGGGCUGGAUGGCAUGCUGGACCCAAGCUCAGCUCAGCAUCUGGACCCAAUAAAAGCCUUAUCAGGGGAGCCGCUUUCUGUUCAAGCCAUACUGAGGUGCGUAGCGUAAUGUCCAUGUUGUACUACACUCUGAUUAUAGCUUUUUUGAUCGGCACACAGGCAGCACCACAGACAGAGGACAAUGCUACACUGGGGCUCCCAGCAGGAUCCACCAUUUCCAAUACCCACCGGACUAAACCUCACCACAGGCCUGACGCAGCUCCCUACCCAGCCCCCAGCCCCCCAGCUAGGAAGAUAGAUGGGCGGGCAUCGGGGCAAACGCUCAACAUCACUGUGGACCCUAAACUUUUUAGAAAGAGGCGGCUGCGGUCUCCUCGGGUUCUGUUCAGCACGCAGCCCCCUCCGGUCACCGCGGACGCCCAGACCCCAGAGUACCUGGACGACCACGACAUCUCCCUCAACCGGACUAACCGGGCGAAGAGGUCGGCCCACCCCGUGUUCCACCGGGGGGAGUUCUCAGUGUGCGACAGUGUCAGUGUCUGGGUUGGGGACAAAAACACGGCCACUGACAUCAAAGGGAAAGAGGUGACCGUGCUGGGGGAAGUCAACAUCAACAACAACGUGUUCAAGCAGUACUUUUUCGAGACCAAGUGCAGAGACCCGAAGCCCGUGGCCAGUGGGUGUAGGGGGAUUGACUCCAAGCACUGGAACUCCUACUGCACCACGACACACACGUUUGUGAAAGCUCUGACCAUGGAAGAGAAGCAGGCGGCUUGGCGCUUCAUCCGCAUUGACACGGCCUGCGUGUGUGUACUCAGUAGGAAAUCUGGGAAACCAUGACCUGGCCAGAGGUCCUUAUUUCCCUCACCUAACUAGGCCCCUCCCUACCUCAGCCUGUAAAUUAUUUUAAAUUAUAAGGACUGCAUGGCAUAUUUAUAGUUUAUACAGUUAAAAGAAACCUCAUUAUUUAUUAAACUCUUUUGGAAACUCUG